AUGGGUAAACAGAAGGGCGGAAAUUUUCAAGGAAAAAAAUACCAACGAUCACGUCGUAAAAAACAAGAUGGGUUUUUUUUACCUGGACUUGCAUUGCUAGGGAAUUUGUUCCGACCGCAACAAAGGCGUGCACCCCGGAGACGAGCACCACCGCCACAACAAUAUUACUAUAAUGAACCACCAAGAAUGGUGAGAAAAAGGCGGGGGUGUGGGUUUCUAACAGAUGCAGUCAAUACAGGUUUUUUAGAUCAUUAUGGAGAGCACGAUACAACCAAAACAACAAGCCGGAUUCAGAUUAAUGAUGAGAAAAGCCAAAAACUCUUUUUGGUAAAAAAAAUGUUAUUUUUAUUUCCAGGAGGAUUUUUUACUAAACUUAUGA